AUGAAUAUGUUGGAUGAUGAAGAUGAACAAAGCUUUUACGCUACGCGUGACUGCUACUCCCAUUUGAGCGAUGUCGAAUGGGAUGCGGUUGAACGAAUGGGUUCGACCAUGGGCAUCCAUGCUGUUAGCGUCAUGCUAGAGGCUCUCAAUAGAGAUGCCCAACAUGCUACUAUCGCCAAGUUCAUUCAAAAUGAACUUGACGCUGAACGCGAGAAAGUAGCCUUGCUUCACCAACAAGGUUCUCAACAAGCAGAGUUGUUGAGAGAACAGGGUGCUCAACAGUUUGAACUGUUGAGACAGCAGCAGGCUGCUGCUGGUGGGCCGAUGCACUCGCGUCGACCCGAAACCUUGAAGAUUGACAUCUCCAAGUAUAGAGGAGUCGAAGAGGACUCCCUCUUGAGAUGGUUCGUCGAAUUGGAUGACGCCAUAAGGGCGCGUCGCAUCGACGAUGGGGAAAUGCAAGUUGCAUUUGCCCAGUCAAAUAUGGCAGGACGUGCCAAGACUUGGGCACUGGGGCUCAAGUUGCACGACCCAUAUGCGUUUGGGUCGUUGGAAGUCUUCAAGUCGCGGCUCAGACAAACGUUUGAACCGCCUAGAGCUGAGUUCAGAGCUCGAACCGAACUCUUGAAGCUCAAGCAGGGUAAGCGUGAUGGCCUUGCGGAUGGUCCCGUCAAGACUCACCUGUUCCGGCUUGAACUAGAUUCACUAGAACAAGCCAUUUCCAUUGCGGAGCAGGAAGACUUCAGUCUGAGACAGGAUCGCGCCAGCUCGACAUCAUAUCGUCAACCGAGACGAUAUGACAACGGAGGUCCAGAGCCGAUGGAACUCUGUUAUGUAGAGAGCGAGAAGGCUCGCUCUACAGGCUACAAGAAGUUGCAGAGAUGCAACAGAUGUCAAAAGUCAGGACACUACGCUUACGAGUGUAGUGCCCCUCGUCCAGUGUCUCGCGACACUGGGCGUAGUGACCGUCCACCCAUGAGAAAGGGGCAGGGACGAGGGUCCGCUGUUGGUGCAAAGACGCAACAACGGGAUGGACAGUCAAAAAACGGACAGGAUCAGUAG